AACAGCGGCAAAAAAUCAUCAUAUUUCUAUUGAUAAAAAAACAAUUAUGUCAAUCCAGCGAUUUCCUUCUAUCCCUAUUUCUUAUACAGCGCCGGCAGCGUCUACAUCCGUGUUUGAGGCAUUUCAAGCAUAUGUUAAGUAUUUUGAAGAAUCAGUAGAAACGUUUCUUGGACCAGUUAAACAUUAUGUUCCAGCGUUGGGACGAUUUUUAAUUAUUGGGACGUUUAUGGAGGAUUCAGUACGUAUUUUAACGCAGAUGAGGGAUCAGCUUUAUUAUUUGGAGGUUCACCGACAUUUUUACAGUGGAUUAAGCCAUACAUUUCUUAUCGUUAAUGUUAUAGCGAUGUUAACGGCAUCGUUUAUGAUUGUAGCACGAAAGAAGUCGGAGAUAGCAGUAUGUAUUUUAUUUGGGGUGGUAAUUGCGCAAGCAGUUGGAUAUGGGUUAAUAUUUGACAAAUUGCUUUUUUUCCGAAACAUUUCUAUAACAGGAGGGUUAUUGAUGGUUUUAUCGGAUUCGUGGUCUAAGAAGCAACAUUUGUUUGCAGGAUUACCUCAGUUAUCAGAAACGGAUCGUAAAAAGUAUUUUCUAGCAGUUGGAAGAGUUCUCUUGAUUUUUCUUUUUACAGAAUUUAUUUUCAAAGAAACAUGGACGGUUGUCCAUGUAUUUAUGUUAAUUUUCUCUUUAAUAGCAUGCUUUAUGGUAAUUAUUGGAUUUAAGGCAAAGUGGAGUGCUUUUUUUCUUGUUUGUAUCUUAAAUAUCUUUAAUAUAUUGAUUAACAAUUGGUGGGAUACAAAAAUUACAGAAAUGGAAAAAGAUUUAUUAAAAUAUGAUUUCUUUCAAAUGCUUUCAAUUACAGGAGGAUUGAUUUUACUUGUCAAUAUGGGUCCUGGAGGGUUUUCUGUUGAUGAAAAGAAAAAAAUUUAUUAAUUCAAUUAUUCAAACAAACAUUUAUUCAUUUAUUCAUUCAUUCAAU